AACCCUAAUAGACCAAAUCAGUCGCCGCUUAACUCUCUCCCUCUUUGGCAUUCUUCUCUGUUCUCUGUUCUCUUCUCCAGAGAAGACCAAAAAUAAAACCUAGCCGCCGCUGUCUUCUCCCACUCUCGCCUCUCUCGUUCCUCGACCGCCGCCACUCUCCUCUCACCUCUCGCCUCUCUCGUUUCUUACUCUCUCUCAAUCGAACAAAACACACAACAAACAAAACGAAACCCUCUGGUUUCCCUUUAAAUCGAAACCCUAACUCUUAAUCCUACAAUCUUCCUCUCUCUCUCUCUCUCUCAGAUAAUAAGCGAUGACAAUAGGACCAAUGGAAAAUCGAUGGUGACAAAGAAGAACAGCAGAGGAAAGCAAUCCUCACUGGAUUCAGAUUGAAGAGUAAUUGAAGACGGCGUCGUCACGAAGAAGAAAAGAAGUGUUGUGAAAGACGGUGUCGUAGAGAAGAAUGGAUGCUGAAGACUUUAAAUGAACGGCAGCGUUUUAGCUUUGUCUAGUUAGCCGUUAAUGUUACUGUUAGUUUAAAUCAAAGAACCAAUGAUGUAUGGACACGUGUUACAUUUCUGCUAAUUACAAAAGUGGCUAUAUAAGCCACAAAGAGCUCAGCUUACAGCCGAGCUUCCCCUCCAAUUUUUCAAUACCCUACGUUUUUCACAUGGUAUCAGAGCAACCCAAGCCCUAGGGUUUGAGGCUGCACAAGCAAAAUGUCAGGAGAGCAAUCUACACCGCCGCCUGGCAAUCAAGGAAGAACAAACAACAACAAUGGCAACAGUGGUGCUUCCAAUAUCAGUGGAGUCCAAUUUGGGUCCUUUGGCCAACAACAGCAGCAGCCAUCAGAGGUCAUUACGUUUGGUAACCCAUUCUAUCUCAACCCAAACGAAAACAUGGCUCAAUCUUUGGUUGCUGAGUUGUUUGAUGGCACAAAUUACACUAUGUGGAGUAUAUCUAUACAAGUAGUACUUAAAACAAAGAACAAACUGGGUUUCCUAGAUGGGUCAGUGGCAAUGCCUUCUAGGGAUUCAGAUAUGUUUGGAAUCUGGGAUGCCUGCAAUACAGUGGUGCUGUGCUGGAUCCAAAACUCUAUGACUAAAGAACUGCAAAGGGCAGUGUUGAAUCACAGCAAUUGUGAGACACUCUGGGAAGAACUUAAGAGGCGUUUUGGACAGCCAAAUGCCAUGAGAAUUGCUAACCUGGAGGAUGAGAUUUUGGCUUGUAAACAAGGAACCAAGUCAAUUAAUCAGUAUUACACAGAGAUUAAGGGAUUAUGGGAUGAAUACGUUGAGUUUUGUCCUGUGGUUCCAUGUGCUUGUGCUCCAGGGUCACUCAUUCCUUGUGCUGCAGUAACUGCUUUUGUUCAAAAGCAGGAAACAGACUAUCUCAUUCGUUUUCUGAGAGGAAUCAACCCAGAAUUUGAAGUAAUCAAAACUCAGUUGUUGAUGCAAAAACCCCUACCAAGAGUUUCAGAGGCUGUUGAUGACUUACUACAGCAUGAACAGAAAUUAAAAGCAGAUGGAUUGACUGGUGGAAAGAAGAAUCAGUCAUUGGCUCUAGCUGCAGGGAGUCAACAACAACAGAAGGGUUCUGCAGAAACCAACUAGGGUAAGAAGUAUUGUCGCUAUUGUAAGAGGACAAACCACAACAUAGAAGAUUGCUGGUGGUUGAAGAAGAAACAGGGAGAACAGCAGAAAGAUGGGCAUUCAAACUCCAGUUCAAGUUCCAGUUCUAGCACACCAAGAUUUUCUGGUUCUGUUGCUCAGAGUACUGGAAAUGCAGCUGGUGAUCAUCAUCCUGAAGGUAAUACAACUACUGAAGGUAUGAACCAAAAUUCAUUUGCUUUUACUGCAGAUGAAAUGGCUCAUCUCAGGAACCUGCUGCAAGUUGGUACUAAUGCCUAUCCUUCACCUCCUACCUCCCCAUCCAUCAACCAUCAAGCCUUUACUGCCUUUCAACACCCCACAUCAUUCCCUAACUUCUCAGGUAAACAUGUCACCUUUUCCUCUCACCUUGACCAAACUAGUAAUUCCAACCUGUGGAUAAUAGACACAGGAGCUUCAGACCACAUAGCUUGCUCCCUAAACAUGUUUACUGCUCAUAAGGAAGUUAAGGAUACUUAUGUUUUCUUACCUAACAAAACCAGGGUCAUUGUAACCUGUAUAGGCACAGUCCAAUUACCCACUGGUCUAUCUCUUUAUGAUGUACUUCUGGUCCCUACCUUUUCUUUCAAUCUCAUCUCAGUCAGCAAAUUAACCCAUGAUCACCCUAUUUCCUUACACUUUCAUUCUGAUCACUGUGAAAUUCAGGACCUUCUAAGCCAGAGGAAGAUUGGUUUGGCAAGAGAGUGUAGAGGUCUCUACCAGCUGGUUCUUCCUCAAAGUUCUACCCCUUUACCUUCACCAACUUUCCACCAAGCUGCCUCAACCUUCAACUACCAGACACAAGACCUUCACUUAUGGCAUUGGAGAUUAGGACAUCCUAGUCAUGAUAGACUUUCUUUUCUUUCCAAGACCAUCCCUAAUGUAACUAAACAGAAACCAUUACACUGUGAUGUCUGCCAUUUGUCCAAACAACACAAACUGCCUUUUCCAAUUAGUACAAUGCAGCACCUGAGAUGUUUCAUUUACUGCAUAUGGAUAUUUGGGGACCUUUAUCAGUUGUUUCCUAUGAUGGUUAUCAGUACUUUCUUACAAUAGUGGAUGAUUGCACUCGUUGUGUUUGGAUUUAUUUAAUGAGGCAUAAAAGUGAAGUAAGGGG